CGCUGUUCAUUGGAUAGUCCUCACGUGACCGGAAGUUAGAAAUGGAGCGGUUUCAGUAAAAAACGAUUUGAAACGUAAACAAGUCGUCCGUGUCUUUUCUCUAUGGUUUUAUACGUCAACAAGUAACGUUGCUUAAAGGCAACAAUCCUCGUUCUUGACGGCGGCGAACGACGUGUGAGGAAAUGAGGGAGCUGACUGAGCAGCCCCGGCUCGGGCAACGUGCCCAUUCCUGCCUAACGCAGCUGUGUUUGCGGGUCGGCGGUGGCAGCAGGAAACGCGCGGCUUUGAUGCGGGAGUAGGGACGCCGCCAUGAUGGAUGAUUCGGAGCUGGACUUCGUCGAUCUCUGCUCCAAGUUGCUGAAGCGGGUCCGCAAGAAGGCGGCAGACCCGGGCAGGCAGAGCAGGGAGGCAGAGCAGCGGAGCUCCGGCCACGCAAGCCGAGGGAACAAGAAGGAGACCAAGAAGCAGGAUGGGGACCGCGGCUCCAGGUCUGCAGCCUCCCAGCCGGUGGAGGCUGGAGGAAGUGGGUGUAAUUCAGGGGAUGCUGGCCAGCCUUCAGCCGGCGGAGGCCUGAGGGCAAAAGACAAAGUACUCCUCAGGAUGCAAGCGUUUAAGAGGGCUUCUCCACAGAGGAUGAAGCACGGAAUCGGACCGGCGACCUGGGACGACUGUGCGCUGACUGCACAGCAGCAAAAAGCAGAUAAGCCAUCGUCCCCCCGCUCUGGUCCCCACCCUGUUAACCCCGCGGAGAGUGAUGAGGCCGUGGCGCUGCGGCUGCAGCAGCAGCUGGACAGGGAGGCGGCAGAGGCCCAGGUGGUGGACCUGGAGGACGGAGGCCUCUUCUUCUGUCAGAUCUGCCAAAGAGACUUAUCACACAUGAGCUCCGAGGGGCGCACGCAGCACCUCAACAGGUGUCUGGACCAGAACGAACAGAGCGACCCGUCUCUCCCUCCACCCUCUGCUGUCCCCGACUGCCCCAUCUGUGGCAAGAGGUUCAAGAGCCAGAAGAGCCGCUCCGGCCACCUGAAGCGCUGCUCUGCAGACAUGGGCGUCCCGCCGGCGGUGCUGCUGCAGGCUCUGCAGCGACAGGCGGAGGAGAGUCGGAGCUCCACCACCGCCAACGCUCGGAUGCAGCCCGGCGGCAGCAAAAGGAAGGCUCCUGCUAAGCCAGAAGAAGCAAGGAAGAAGAAGAAGAAGAAGAAGAAGACGGACCCGCUGGAUGAGGAGACUAUGGUGGCUCUGGCUCUGUCCUCCUCCCUGCAGGAGCAGCAGAAGGAGCAGCAGGCGCCAAGUGGUCCGCCGCACGGCUGCAUGACUUCUGUGCUCACAUGGAAGCCAGACGCUGCCAGGAGACGUGUGAAACAUAAGAAGGCCGGCGUCCCUCGCCCCCCGCCUCUCCUCCUCGUCCAGGACGCAGAGACGGCCCUGGCGAGGCUGCAGGAACGAGUCUCCGCCCUCCUGCUCCGCCGCCGGGCGCCCUCUCCUCCCACGCCGACGCGCCGCCCCAGCAGGCUGCCCGGCCCGACGGGCGCAGCGCCCCUCUGGACGAAGAGCACGCUGCCGGACGGCGGCGCCGCCCGUCUGUCUGAUUUCUACGCCGCCGAGCUCCGGCACCUCUUUGCUCCGCUGGAGUCGGCGAAGGUGGAGACGGAUGCAGACUUAUCGAGCACCAGCGACAAGCCGGAGACGUCUGUCCCGCCUUCCUGCUCCCAGGCUGCGUCCGCCACCAGAGAGCUGCACGCGGGAAGCCAGGCCCUCCAGGUCCUGAUGGAGCUGGCCGAAGACGGCAUGACUCUGACGCAAUCUGGAUACUCUGACAAAGCCAAGCAGCUGAGCGGUUUCCUCCAGGAGGAAGAGUUGGCGGGUCGGGCCGAGCCGACACAGGACACCAGCAGCAGCAGCAGCCAGGCAGCAGCCAGGCGGUCAGAUCGUCCAGAUGCAGACAGAGACGGAGGGAUCCACGAGUCGGUGGCGCUGCUGUCCAGGCUGUCUUCAGACCUGAGCAGCAUGGUGAACAACCCUCAGCUCAGUGAUCUGCAGCUCCAAGUGGACAGCGGCGAGGUCUUCUUCGCACAUUCCUUCAUGGUGUACGCUCGCUGCCCCCUGCUGGCGGAAAUGGUGCAUGAGAGCGGGUUCGGGGUGCAGGAGGAGGGCGCGCCCGCGGCUCAGAGGGUGCUGCUGAGCGACGUGCCGGGCCCGGCGGUGUCGGCUCUGCUGCGGUACCUCUACACCGCCCGCUGCUCCGUCGCCGCGGCGCUGCGGCCUCACGUGCUGGAGCUGGCGUCCAGGUUCGACCUGCAGGAGCUUCAGCAGCAGCUACUGCUGCGUGAUUCACAGCCGGAGAACGCGGCGGGCGACCAGCCCGACCCGAGCCGGGAGGAAAACGUCUGCGACCAAACGGAUCAGGCCUUCAUGGAGCUCAUCCGAUCCAUGUGGCACGAGGAGGACGAGGAGGGAGGCGACACCGGGGACUCGGACGGCGCAGGGCGGCUGGAGGAGGGCCGACGAGAGGAGGAGGAGGACACCGCAGGCGACGGAGAGGAGCGAGUGAACGAGGAGGAGCUGGAGGAGAUCUACGAGUUUGCUGCCACACAGAGACAGAGGGAGGAGCGGCAGAGCAGCGUGGAGCAGGAGGAGGAGGAGGAGGAUGCAGCGGGUACAGACCUGCAGCCUGACCCCGGGUCAGAUCCCAGCUACAGUCGCCUGUUCUCUCAGUCCUGGGGCGUCUACGAUGACGCAGCGUCUAAACAUUCAGGCAGGAACUUGCUUCAGUCAUCAGCGAGUGUCGUAGACGAGCUUCCCCCCAACCUGCCCUCCCCAGGGCCGUCCCCGGGCCGAGCGGCCCACCGACCGGUGACCACUGAGAGCCAAAGUCCUCGCCGUACCCGCCUCCCUCUUUCGCCCGAUUCCCCCGCAAAGAAAGCCGAACCCGACCUCAUAGUUCUGUCCGAUUCCAGCGAAGAGACGGACGCAAACAGCCGGCCUCCGCCUCAGAGCUACACAGGCAUCAAAUCCAGUCACACCCCGAGUCCCAAAGACUCUGCUGGCAGUUUGGAGCUCAGCCCCGAUCCGGCCGGCUGCUCCCCAGAGCUCUCCUGGCUGAUCCCUGCCACGCCUCUCCAGGCUGGCCGGGACACGAGGACCAGCUCGGUGCAGACCGACAGCAGCAUGUGCAAGAAGCUUUUCCCAAGAGAGGGCUCCCCCCCACCCGCCUCGCCUCCCCAGAGCAAAGGCCGAGCCUCCAGCAGUCCUCUUAGACGCUCAGAUCUCAGAGUUUCUCCCAUAAAAUGUCGGAGCGCCAGUGAGAAAACCGAAGUCUUUGCCGCCCGCCUUUCCUUCAGAGAUCCCUCACAGCGAAGGUCUCCUCUCCUGCUGAGGUUUCCGCCGUGCAGCAGCACCCCGCUGCACCCAGAGCCCCCGCUGGCCCCCGUCCCCCCGGCCGCCUGGCUGCUCCACGGGGGACCGGAGGGGCAGGACGUUCCCGGGCGAAUGACAGAGAGGACUUCCUUAGAAAGCCUGGAGGCAACAGAGUUGGGGAGCUUUCAUCUGUCUCCUCUAUCCAGCCCCUCAGAUCCGCCCUCCUCUUCUUCUCACGCCAAAUCCGGCGUCCAGCACGGUCUCCAGAGGACAGCAGGGAGGGACGAGCCAGAGGAGAUGAAGGGAGACGUAUGUGGUGCAGAUGUCCUGGAGUCCAGUUUCCACCAGAGCUUCAUGGAUGAACCUCCGAUAGCGUUCAAUGAUUCCUGGGGACCCGACGGCCACGCAGAGCCCAGUCCAGGCGGCUUCAGCCUCAGACUCAGAGAGAGUGGAGAGUCCAGCCCGCCAGAGAGAGCCGGGUCCUCCUCCGCCUCCAAGCCGGCGUCCGAUAGCAGCAACCAGAAUCCCGCCGCGGGCCCGCCUCACCGCUCACCGGAGAUCGACAACGCGCUCCUGGACUCCAAAAUAUGGGACAGCUGGGAGGGGGAUGAAGAAGAAGAGGAGGAAGAGCAGGACCUUCCUCUUUCUCAAAGGCUGAACAUGGACGCGCUGCUUAAAACUCCAAAACCGUUGAAGCAGAGACGGCGCCGCUCCGUGGUCCCCAUCACUCCCAUGCCUCACUACUCUGACAUGGACACACCGGACCUCAAGAGCAAACUCAGCAGCUUCGGCGUGCGGCCGUUACCCAAGCGUCAGAUGGUCCUCAAGCUGAAGGAGAUCCACCAGUACACCCACCAGCUGGCCAGCUCCGACUCAGAGGAGGAAGAAGAGCCCCCCCGGGCGAAGCCUCCGCUCAGCGGGGCGGCCUCCUGCGCCCAGACGGGGCGGUUUAAAGAGCCGAGGGCGCCUGCCACCACCUCCCCCAUCAAAGCUGACCAAGAGGAGGACGGCGAGGUGCUCUCUGCCUCUCAGGGCUCCAACACCUCCUCCACCGCCGCCAGCGAGGAGUCCGAAAGGUCCAACCCCGAGCUGGUUCUCUCUUCUGACGGCGACUCGGAGAGCGAAGGCGGCAUCUCGUCCUCCCAGGCUGCGUCGCGCCUGCAGGACCGCCUCCAGGCGGUGCGCGCCUUCAUCCUGUCGGACUCCAGCCUGUACAGUCGGAUCCUGCAGUACCGGCCCUUGGUUCUCUCCCAGCUCCAGCAGCAGCUCAAGGCGGCGGGGAUCCGCCUGGGCGCCGCCAAGCUGGCCGACUACCUGGACUCCCAGUGCAUCACCUUCACCACGGCCAAGCCGGGCCGCCCUGCAGCCGCACGCAGACGGGCCAAGACGGGGGGCCGGGGGGCGAGAGGAGGGAGCAGGAAAAACGGCGCUUUGAAACUUUAACGGAGAGAUGAGACAGAUUUGUCUGGAAGCUAAAGUUAUAAAGCGUUUACUCAGGUUUAAACUUUGUACAUAGUUUUUUUUUUUUAAAAGGUUUAGGAUUUUAGGAGAUUGCUUUUCAGAUGUUGCAUUUAUUAUAAUGUUAAAAUAAAACAAGUGUUGUACCGUU